UUUAGGGUUUUCCGCGAAGAACAGCAAAAUGCUCGCUUAACAUUCUAUUUAUUCAUCACCCAAACCCCAAAAUAAUCGUACUCCCAAGUCUAGGGAUUUCUAUACAGAUCCCAAAAGUUCCGCAGCAGAGCAGAGAGCCUCACCCAUAUCUGUGAGCAAAACCCAUUUCCAAGAUACCAAAAUGAAUUUAUGUUCUGUUGUCUGCUUAAGUGACUCACUCAUAUGUGUGAGCAAAACCCAUUACCAAGAUACCAAACUGAAGAUGGUGUUAAAAUUGACGAUUGAGGACGAGAAAAGAAAGAGAAAGGUCCUCAAGGUGGUUGCAGCCGUCGAAGGGGUGGAUUCUGUAAUUGUGGAAAUGAAGGAAAACAAGAUCACUAUAAUUGGGAAUGCAGACCCUGUGUGUGUAACCGGAAGACUCAGGAAAUUCGGAUUUGGCUACGCAGAGCUGCUCAGCGUGGGUCCUGCCAAGGAGGAAAAAAAAGAUGAGAAGAAGGUUGAGAAGAAAGAAGAGAAAAAACCAGAAACCCCAAAAGUUGUUUAUGCUUACCCGCCUGGUAAUCGUUACAGUUACUUCAGUAUGGAGAAUCCCAAUAUCUGGACCACCUCAUAAAUUCUUAGCUACUAUGUUUUCCAAGGACGGAUUUCCCCAAUUUCUGGUUAGAGCUUAGAUAAUCUCCCUGGUUUGGCGGAGUAGUGUGCACUGUGGUCUAGUAUUUUGUUCUUUGUCGUAAUUAUACCUAGCUUUUACUUCCUGAUGUCACAUUUUUCUGAAAC